UUCUGAGACACGUGUACAGGAAAACCAGGAAGUGCUGCAUAGCGACUCUGGUUAGAAGCUGGACAGGGCCUGACAAUGAUUGAAGGAUACAGUCCGGUAAUACAGGCCCUUUUAGGGACCUUGUUCACAUGGGGCCUAACCGCAGCUGGAUCUGCCUUGGUUUUUGUCUUCGCUUCUGGACAGAGGCGUAUCCUGGAUGGAAGUUUGGGCUUUGCAGCUGGGGUUAUGCUGGCCGCCUCCUACUGGUCCCUCCUGGCCCCUGCUAUAGAGAUGUCCAGCCAGUACGGGAGCUGGUCCUUCCUUCCGGCUGCUGUUGGCUUUUCUCUCGGCGCCGCCUUCGUGUAUCUUGCAGAUAAGCUUCUGCCAGCUCUGGGUUUAAAUGAUGAUCCCUUCUCUAUCACGACUUCAAAUUAUGACUUCAAACCCGUCAAGGAGAAGGACGAAGGAUUGUCGUAUGAGGACCGGGAGCUGAGCAUCCGGAUAGGUAGAGGAACCUCUCGCACAGAUAAAAUAGAGAAUGGGGAUGUGCACCAGAGAAGGAGAGGGGUUCCUUCUCCACUAGCCGAGGACUUGUCCACGCCGGGCCCCCGGGAUCCUUCGCACAACAUGGGCAGUAGCUGGAGGCGGAUUAUGCUGCUGAUCCUCGCCAUUACCAUUCAUAACAUUCCAGAGGGCCUGGCAGUUGGAGUAGGAUUCGGUGCCAUUGGAAAAACCGCAUCAGCAACCUUCGAGAGUGCAAGGAAUUUAGCGGUUGGAAUAGGGAUCCAGAAUUUCCCAGAAGGACUUGCUGUCAGCCUUCCGCUACGGGGAGCCGGAUUAUCGACAUGGAAGGCGUUCUGGUACGGGCAGCUCAGCGGGAUGGUUGAGCCCAUUGCCGGUGUGUUAGGAGCUGUGGCCAUAGCGCUGGCAGAACCCCUCUUGCCCUACGCCUUGGCCUUUGCUGCCGGUGCCAUGGUGUAUGUGGUAAUGGAUGACAUUAUUCCAGAAGCACAAACCGGUGGGAACGGGAAGCUGGCCUCGUGGACCUGCAUUCUGGGCUUUGUAGUGAUGAUGUCCUUGGAUGUCGGCCUGAGUUAAUGACGGACACGGCAGUCGGAGGUGCUGGGCGCCACGUCUUACAUGUUUACACUUUUAUAAAUGGACGCUAAUUGCUGGAGCGAUCACAGAUCCAAGCUAAUUCUUGUAGAAAUGAACGUUGGGUUGAAUUGAUUGACAUAAUGUCCGAGGUUUGAUUUAUAGUUAGUUGUGGGGGGGGGGGGUGCUUGAUGCUGUAUAUGGGUAGUGAUGAGCAUAACAUAAGGACCGCGUGCGGCUCGUCCAUAGAUUUAUCGCUAUCAAUAUUUCAUUGGUGUUGGUCCAACUCCCAAAGACCGCCGAUCUGCUUAAUGAGGGGGCCAUGACCCUUGUUUGCCUGAUGACAAUUGUGGGCUUGCUUGGUACUACAUGCACUUAGGGUGACCAAAAAUAAUUCUUCAUAGUCUCCAAAAUGGUUACAGCUUUCGGGCAACUCGAAGCACAAACUGCAGUGGCCUGAGAGGAGCAAUGACUGCACGUUUCCCAUGUUAUUCACCAUUCCAGCCUUGGAAGAAUGCGCUGCGUUGUACCUCAUGAUCAGAUCUUCAGCCGGGAGCCUCCUAUUUAUACGUUAUCUGUGGAUUUUAUUUAUAUGCUUUGGCCGCAACGUGUCUUCUAGUGUGAACAUGGUUCUGUAUGACGUUCUACACUGUACUGAAAUAUGACACUAGUGAGAUGGGAAGGACCAAAUAAAAGCUGUAGAGUUUUAUUCUA